AUGUGUUAUAUGGGUCACAGACGGUACUUGCCUGCAAAUCAUCCUGAUAGACGGAAGAAGAAAGCAUUCGAUGGUACUGAAGAGGGUGAUAUGGCUCCUUUGCCCCUGUCUGGGGAACAAAUUCUCCAACAAGUCAGCGGGAAGGAAUUAGAAUUGGAUAAGUUAGAUGCAUUACAUGAACAUGUAGUCAAAACAUUGUGCAACCUGGAAAAGUUUUUUCCGCCAUCUUUUUUCGACAUCAUGAUCCAUUUAAUGGUUCAUCUAGUGAGAGAAGCAAGGCUGUGUGGGCCGGUGUGGGCGAGAUGGAUGUAUCCAUUUGAAAGAAAUAUGAAGGUACUUAAAAGUUAUGUGCGUAACCACUAUCGGCCAGAAGCAUGUAUUGUUGAGUGCUACAUAUCUGAAGAGGCUGUGGAAUUUUGUUCAGAGUACAUGGCUGGAGUUGAGGCAAUAGGGUUGGCCUAUAAAAACUGGAAAGAAGUCAACCCGACUCUGAAAAAUAAAGUUUGGAAAGACAUUCAGACGGGGUUCAUUGUGCCGGACACCUUCAAACAUGAUUGUCUCAUCCUAGCUGGGAAGUUAAUGAAAGACUUCAAGAAUAGGAUGACAAAAGACAUCAUAAUGCCCGCGUUGAAAGAGAAUGAUCUGGGACGACUGGCACAAGUCCCUGAAAAGCACCCCGAGAUCGACGCUGCUGAUUGGUGCAAAUUUGUUGAAAGUCGACUAACUCCUGAAUUUCUGGAAUUGAGUAAGGUGCAACGUGAACGUUCCUCAAAAAUUCAAUCCAGACAUCGAAGUGGUCGGAGUGGAAUGGUGAACGUACGGGAAGUUGUGAAAAAGGACCUCGAAGUUGCAGAUCCCCCCCGCCACCGUGUUUGGAUUAAAUCUCGCACCAAGAGUAGAAAACUUGUCACUGAUUACGACAAGGAAAUUGCAGAGAAGAUAGUAAGUAUAUAUUACUCCUUAAUUGAGUUCUACUCAUGAGUUAGUGUAUAUAAUUCAUAUACUAAUUGCUUGAAUAUAUGCGUGCAUUAGGCUCAAUUAGAGGAGAAGCUUAGUCAGGGACAAAUUCAGGUCCAAGGCCAAAACGAUAUCCUGACGCAGGCGCUCGGGACACCAGAGCAUCCUGGACGUGUCAGGGCUGCUGGGUAUGCUAUUAAUUCAAAUGUUAUUUAUUUAGUUACACAAAUAAAAUCGUUGCUA